GUUGGGUGCUAUGAUGUUUGGACAUUUCUUUUCAGGUAUGUUGUUAGGAAGGAAAUAACAUCUCGGUGCGAUUUCACGUCUCUGAAGUGCCUGGCUCUCGUCUCCUCUCUGCUGCAUGUAAGUGACCUGGUCCAUGAGCAGUGAAGGAAUUCACGGUGCCAUGACUGAGGAGCAAGAGAACUCCUGUGAAAUAAGAAGGAGGAGGCUUCGGGACUAGGGGUGUCCUCUCGGUUUACAGACAUUUGACCGGAAGCCUCUCCAGAGCAGCGGGACGGAGAGGAGUCGCAGAACAGAGCCGAUUUUUCAAGCCGCAGAAAAUGUUCAAGUCCCAGAUCUCGUUUGAGGAUGUGGCUGUGGACUUCACCUCGGAGGAGUGGCAGCUCCUUAAUCCUACUCAAAAGAGCUUGUACAGAGACGUGAUGUUGGAGAACUACAGCAAUCUGGUUUUCUUGGGUUAUCAAAUUAUCAGACCUGAUGCGGUUUUCAAGCCAGAGCCGGAAGAGCCGUGGGUCACAGAAGCAGCCCCGCAUCGGACCUCGGCAGAAGAAGUCUGGCUAGAUAACAGUCUCAAAAUGUGGCACCAGGAUAAUCAAGACAAGCUUAGAAGUGUGGAGAGAGGCCAUGAAUAUGAUGUUUUUAGGAAAAUAUUUCAUUCAAGCAUUAACUUUGUUCAUUUAGCAAUGAGACCCCAUAAAUGUGGCUCAGGUGAAAAAAGUUUGAAACAUCCUCUUGAGUUUCUUAUUCCAAAAAAUAACCGUGGAAGAAAGAAACCUGAUGAGCUCAAUAAGAAAUAUUUAUUGUAUAUCAAAGCUGAUAGAACCCAUGGUGGAGAGCCAUACUGUGAUUGCAGUAAAUGUAGGAAGGCUAGCAGGACAGGGUCAUGGCCCCGUGCAAACCGCAGAACACACACAGGAGUCCACUUGUGCGUGGACUGCGGCAACGUUUUCAGUAAGAAGUCACAGCUCAUCGUCCACCAGCGGACGCACACGGGAGAGAAGCCCUACGGCUGCAGCGAUUGCGGGAAAGCCUUCUCCCAGAAGUCCUUGCUCACUAUUCAUCAGAGGACGCAUUCAGGAGAAAAACCAUAUGGGUGUGGAGAAUGCCAGAAAGCUUUCAGUAGGAAGUCCCUGCUCAUUUUACACCAGAGGACGCACACGGGAGAGAAGCCCUACGGCUGCAGCGACUGCGGGAAGGCCUUCAGCAGGAAGUCGCAGCUCAAGAGACAUCAGAGAACCCACACGGUGGAGAAGCCCUACGGCUGCAGCGACUGCGGGAAGGCCUUCUCCCAGAAGUUAAAGCUCAUUACCCACCAGAGAACUCACACCGGGGAGAAGCCCUAUAACUGCAGUGAUUGUGGGAAAGCCUUCUUCUGGAAGUCACAGCUGAUUACACAUCAGAGGACUCACACAGGGAAGAAACCUUAUGCCUGUACCGAGUGCACAAAAGCCUUCAGCAGGAACUCACUGCUCAUCAGGCAUCAGAGGAUCCACACGGGGGAGAAGCCCUACGAGUGUGGCGAGUGUGGCGAAGCCUUCAUCAGAAAACCGCAGCUCGUCAAGCACCAACUGACGCACACAGGAGAGAAGAACUAUCAGUGCGGUGACUGUGAGGAGGCGUUCUUUAAGAAGUCAGAGCUACUCCGCCAUCAGAAGACUCACUUGGGGGAGAAACCCUAUGGCUGUGUCGAAUGUGGAAAAACCUUCUUUGGGAAGUCCCAGCUCCUAACACAUCAGAGAACUCACACUGGCGAGAAGCCGUAUGAAUGCGGUGAGUGCGGGAAGGCCUUCACCCAGAAGUCCAGCCUGAUUUCACACCAGAGGACACACACAGGGGAGAAGCCCUAUGAGUGCACGGAGUGUGGGAAGACCUUCAGUGAGAAGUCAAGCCUCAUUCAUCACCAGAGAACCCAUACUGGAGAGAAACCCUUCGAAUGUAGUGAGUGUAGGAAAGCUUUUGCCUGGAAGCCACAGCUUCUUAGGCAUCAGAGAAUUCAUACAGGGGAAAAACCUUAUGAAUGCAGUGAAUGUGGGAAAGCCUUUGUUCAGAAAGUGCAGCUCAUUAAGCAUCAGAGAAAUCACACAGGAGAGAAAACCUACGGGUGCAGUGAGUGUGCAAAAGCCUUCUUUGAGAAGGCACAGCUCGUUAUCCAUCAGAGAAUUCACACAGGGGAGAGACCCUAUCAAUGUGGUGAAUGUGGGAAGUCUUUCACUAGAAAGUCUCACCUUAUGAGGCAUCAGCGAAUUCACACAGGAGACAAAUACGCUGGGUGCGGUGAGUGUGGGACCGCCUUCAGCAGGAAGUCACAGCUCAUGCUUCACCAGAGGACUCACGUACUCUAGAAACAGCGUGAUGCCGUGAACGUGGGAAAUCUGGCGUCUGAUGUCGCCUUUUGAGGUGUCCAAGGACACACACACAGGAGCAACCCCGUCGGUGCACUGGGAAGGCAGGUCUCACCCAAUUCAGAGAGGGAAUUUGUUUAAGUAGACGGUGUAAGGGAGACUUCUCCCAGAACACACAGCUUGUCACCCAUUGAUGACUUAACGUGGAAGUCUUAGCAGUAUCGUGUAGCAGACCUUGUAGCCAGAAGUGACGGCUCAUUGUUAGAGGACCUCCACUCGAGGGGAAACUGGCCUGCUGUAAAAACCAAGCGAGAGGUUUCAUCAAGAAAGGAUAACUCGCAGUACGCUAGAGGGUAUA